CCUCUCAGAUAGCAGCACUACGGUAUUUCAGCCUGUAUAAGAGAAGUUGUCUGAACACAUAACAUAGAGUGGAUUUCUGCUUCACAAGCUGGAUAUAUGUGGCUGAACUUGGAUGCAAAGCGUAUCCAUUGUAAAGGAGGAGACAUAAUCAUCUGCUUGUUUGGUUGCAAAUAAAAACUCCGACCACUCAUUUAAAAAUAUAUACAUAACGGUAUUUGAAAAAUAUAUAGCGUAUAUCUAUACCUGCAUUGGAAGAAAAGUGAAAACCACGGAGCCCGUUCACUCUAACACACGGGAGUGCUGAGCCGUUUGGUUUAGAUCAAGGGGAGUCUGCUGUGACACAUCUAAAGGAUUUGUCCCCCGAAGUGUACAAUGUUGUGGAUCGUGUGUGUUUUUUGCACUUUCUCCGUGCUUUCAGUUGGAGCUGAUCUCAAACCACGAAGCUGCAGCGAGGUCAGGCAGGCGUAUACCGCUAAAGGCUUCAGUCUUGUCAAUGUUCCUCACCAGGAAAUAUCAGGGGAACACCUGCGAAUCUGUGCCCAGGGAUACACAUGCUGUACCUCAGAAAUGGAAGACAAACUCAGCCAGCAGAGCAAACUGGAGUUUGAAAACCUGGUUGAGGAAGCAAGUCACUCCCUGCGUACAACCUUUGUGUCCAGACAUAAGAAGUUUGAUGAAUUCUUCCGGGAGCUCCUGGAAAACACCAAGAAGUCCUUAAAUGACAUGUUCGUGCGUACGUACGGCCACUUGUACAUGCAGAACUCAGAGGUGUUUCAGGACCUGUUUGCAGAGCUCAAGAGGUACUACACAGGUGGGAACGUUAACUUGGAGGAGAUGCUGAAUGAUUUCUGGGCUCGGCUGCUUGAACGGAUGUUUCAGCUGGUGAACACACAGUACCACUUUACAGAGGACUACUUGGAAUGCAUUAGCAAAUACACAGACCAGCUAAAGCCUUUCGGAGAUGUGCCAAGAAAACUCAAGGUUCAGGUUACCAGAGCAUUCAUUGCUGCUCGCACCUUUGUCCAGGGUCUCACUGUUGGCAGGGAGGUGGCCAACAGAGUGUCCAAGGUCAGCCCAACUCCAGGGUGCAUCCGGGCACUAAUGAAGAUGUUAUACUGUCCUCAUUGUCGCGGAAUGCCUGCCCUAAAGCCCUGCAACAACUACUGCCUGAAUGUAAUGAAGGGAUGCCUGGCGAACCAAGCCGAUCUUGAUCCGGAAUGGAAUCUCUUCAUAGAUGCCAUGUUGUUGGUGGCAGAGAGGCUGGAGGGACCUUUUAACAUCGAGGCUGUGAUGGAGCCCAUCGAUGUUAAGAUUUCUGAAGCCAUCAUGAAUAUGCAGGAAAACAGCAUGCAAGUGUCAUCAAAGGUGUUUCAAGGUUGUGGGCAGCCGAAACCAGCUCCCCCUGGAAGAUCCACUCGUGCUGUUUCAGAUGUUUUCAACCACCGCUUCAAGCCAUCCGAAGAAAGGCCCACAACAGCAGCUGGCACAAGCCUCGACAGACUGAGGACUGUCUGGAAGACAAUGCAACACAGCGUUGUUGAUAUUAAAGAAAAACUGAAGAAGUCCAAAAAGUUCUGGUCCACAUUACCUGACAGCAUCUGCAGUGAUGUCAAGGUGACAGGUGACAGAUCUGAUGAAGAGGAAUGCUGGAAUGGGCACACGAAGGGCAGGUACUUGCCUGAAGUCAUGAACAAUGGCCUGACAAACCAGAUUAAUAACCCUGAAGUUGAAGUAGACAUCACAAGACCAGACACUUUCAUUCGUCAGCAGAUCAUGGCACUCCGAGUAAUGACAAACAAACUGAGGAAUGCAUAUAAUGGAAACGAUGUCAAUUUUCAAGACGCAAGUGAUGAAGGCAGUGGGUCAGGAAGCGGCAGUGGCUGCACUGAGAUGUGCAUCCCUGAGUUUGAAGUUAUCAGCACAAAAGCCCCCACUGUCGUCGUGGACAGAUUUGCUGAAACAAAGGCUUCAGCCCCCAAGCCGAGCCAUUCCCUGGUACUCACUGUGUUCCUUCUCUGCACGAUCUUCGCACUGCAGAGACCAUUGAGAUAAUGCUGGUGACCGUGCUGAUGGACAGACAGCAGGCCUUGCUGUUUUGUUCAUGUUGGACACAUGACUACACCUUGGCAAUUAAAAGAGUUCUGAAAUGGAGAGCGCAGUAUCGUAACCUGCUUCCCCUUUUCCAAAGAAUGCUUGGUGCCAUCUUGAAGCAGCUUAUGCCAAACUGCUUACUCCUUCUCCAGAGCUUUCUGAAGAUGCUGUACUGAAGAACAACAUACUGUCCAAGAUUUUACUUUAAAUCUAUUUUUUCUUUUCUUUCAUACAGUAAAAAAGUGAAGAGAUGUCACGGAGACUUAAGUCCGGACUCAGUUUCCAUUUUACAGAGGUCCCCCACCCCCCCACCAAACAAAACAAACCACUGUGAGAAUCCAUUUAGAAGGAAAUCUUAUGAGAAGAGCAACCUAUUACUAAGGAUCCCUUAAGCCAAACAGUUAAUAUGAAAUUGGAAAGAUCGCAUUUUUAAUAAAGGGUGUUGCCUAUUGAAGAUAAGGCUUCUUAUCAUUUUACUUUUAAUUGAGCACUCUUUUCAGUUUAUCUCCCUUAUGAGACUUUAAAAAAAAAAGUCACUUUUUUAUAUUUUUAAGGGGGGGGGGGGGGGGGUAUUUUUGAUUUUUAGUGUUAGUCUGUAUUUUCUUAUUGGUCAAAGUGGUUGACCAUAUGCAAAUAUGAAGAAAAAAAAAUGCAACAGGUGGGCAACAUUUGACAGUCAUUUUUUCUUUUCUUUCCCCCAUUUCUAUUAAGAGUUUUUAAAGUAUGAAUGUAUAUUUUUAAAGUCCUACUGGAUCAUUAGUACAGAUUGCUCAUAUCUCUUCAAAGCUCUGGGAAUGACUGCGUUGUGUUUCUUUUAGAUGCAGACCAUACAGAGUUGUUUUGUACUGGUUGUGUUUCAUAAAAAAAAAAGUACUUUUUAAGUAUACAGGUUUUUACUAAUCUAGCAAUUACUGAUCGUAUGAAAUUGAUAGGCAGUAAAUGUCCUGCCUUAGGACUUUAAGCCAUGUGUGUUGGGCAUGCUUAGCAUGUCAGGCGUACCAGAACCCAGGAGUUGGCUUUACACCCGUGUUAACUGAAGCACUGUACACUAUUUGAAUCUGAUCCACUGUAUCUUCUCUACAAAAAGAAAAAAAAAAUGCAUUAUAUCUAUAGAGAAAAUAUGCUCAUACAAUGGUUCAUAUUGCUAUUACAUAGGAUAUCCUUUUAACACAUGUAUUUUUUAAAGAGGGAUUUUGCUUCUGAGUUAACAACUAGGAGCAAAACAAUGUAUUUCUCUUCUUUAGUCUUAGUAUUAAUCAUCUAUUUUUAUAAUCACAGAUUUUACGAAAUUGUAUCUAUUAGCUCAGGGUUGACAUGUCUGUAAACAUGCAAGGUGUUUUGUCAACCGUUUUUUUCUUUUUUUUUUUCUUUUUUUUAUUGCACAUGCUAAACUCCUUCAGGCUCCUCUUGUUUUUCUGGUGUCCUUUCAAUCCUCCAUCCAAUAGAUAUCAUUAUAACUUCUCAGCUGCUCAUGCCAAAGGGAUAGAUAAUCCCUUUAGGCUGCUCAGACACAGUGAGGACCUGGCCGGUUUCAUGUUCUCAGGGUGUUAAAUGCACCCAACAACACAUUCUGCCUCAGUGACAAAGAUUCAGUAAAUAUGAGGAAUGAGUCAGGAUGUUGGGAUUCAAGUAACAACCACCUCAAUUCAGGAUCAAAAGCUUAAUGAUUCAAGUGUUUGUCAGCUACAUUCAAUGUGCCCAUGGCACUACACUCCUACGUGUAAAUACACGAAGAUAAAAAAAACACUACAUCUUACAUUGUAGCCCAUUUUAUGCUGUUUUUGUUUAGUACUACAAUCACAUUUAUCACAAAAUAACCUAAAUAGAUAUUAUUACACAUAAUUUAACAUAAGGAGUUUUUUUUUUGUUUUUUUUUAAUAGAAGCCAGUGUUUUGCUUGGUAUGCAUUGCCUUACCCGUUUUCAGAAGUUGGGGUUCUAAAUUUUUCUGAAACUCAUAAAGACUAUAUAAGAAAUCCCACAGUAAAGAGUGAUGGAAAGGUUUGUACACAGUGCUCGAUCAGGAUGCUUAACUUGAGACUCAUUUGUCAUCUGCUGAGCUUCAGAAUAAGGAAGCUGUUUGCUGGAUACCCCAGCAGUACAUUUCAUUUGGGUUUUAAUUUAUAUCCUGAGUCAGAUCAUGACUACAUUGUCUGAAUUGUAUGCCUACAUUUAAAUUGUAUUAUUAUUAUUAUUUGUUUAUUUAACAGACGCCUUUAUCCAAGGCGACUUACAGAGACUAGGGUGUGUGAACUAUGCAUCAGCUGCAGAGUCACUUACAAUUACAUCUCACCCGAAAGACGGAGCACAAGGAGGUUAAGUGACUUGCUCAGGGUCACACAAUGAGUCAGUGGCUGAGGUGGGAUUUGAACCGGGGACCUCCUGGUUACAAGCCCUUUUCUUUAACCACUGGACCACACACCCUCCCUGUAUAAUAUUAUUAUUAAUAAUAUUAUUAUUAAUAAUAAAUAAUAAUAAUAAUAAUAAUAAUAAUAAUCUGUUUUCCGCUUUGCCACUUAUUCUGAUAAGGCACUAUUAAUUAUUUAAUCUACUGUAAUUACAAAUUACAUUUAGAGUAUUUUGUCCCUAGUGGGGUUCCAUCAGAUUCUAUGUGGUUCACAUAGUAAAAACGGGCCUGUACAUCAGUGAACAAAUAGUCAGCAGCCCAUUGCUUAAACACUCUGCAAUAUUCUAGGUUUAUUUUAAUUUCAGUUGCCAAUCAUAAUACAUAUUUUUCCAAAUCUAUAUGCGGUAUAACAAAGCUUCCCAAUGUAUUAUUUUAGCUAUUUUCUCUGUGUUGCAUUAUACCAAACAAAACAUAAAUGCAGGCUUCUUCAAUUAACCAUUAGAAGGACGGACGAUAGGCUGUAUAUGUAUAUUUUCCAAAAUGCUUUUGGUUUUAGCAAGUUGUUUGGAAAGUUAUAUUCAGUAUUAGUUUGCAGUAGCAGGUAUGGGAUUGAUAGUCAUUUGGAGAUGGCAUAAAACAAUAUUGUGCAACACAGUAUUGUGCUAUGCAGUUUCGAGGCCUGAGGCACAAGUGAAAAUGAACUUGUGGAAGAGGUCAGUAAAAAAAAAUUAGAGGUCAGUAAAGGGAGGAGGGCUGGGGGUACAGUGCUAAAUCUGCUGCUGCCGUGCACAUGGUAGAAAUCAAGGCUCAAGUUCCGUGAAGCUUAAAAAGCUAGCAGGGCUGGAAAUGAGAAACUUAAGUGCCAGCGACAACUGGGUAAAGCUUGAAUGCACUCGUGAGAAUUUUCAUGGCUACAGCAAUUGUGAGGAGAGCAGGUAUUGGAGUAAACAAGUUAAUAUCACUAAAGCAGACCCUUCUAAAAUGAAAGCAAACAGAAAAGUAAAUUAAUCAUUUGUUAUGGGCCUCAUGUUUCAAAAGUGGCAGUGAUUAGGAAACUUUUAUAAAGGCUUAUAGCUAGUAUAAUGGUGUUAAGGUAAUAUACAGUACUUUGUCAUGUUCCAACUUUUGUUACAGAUAGUAAAAGCCAUCAAUAGGGAAUACAUUACGUAUAUACAUAACUCCAGCAUCAGAACAAAAGCAUUUAUUCUUCGCUGACUGUAGCUUGCAUGUUUGUUUUAUAUUUUAACUGACUUUAUGCUUUAUUUAACUUAUGUUGAGUUAUCAAUAAUAUAUAGUUUCACAGAGCAAGUCCUUUCAUUUGAGUUAAGGUCUACAUUUAUUGGAAAUAAAACAUUUUAUACAGAUGGAUAGAUAUUAUUAUUACACUGUGGGAUUUAAAGAACAAUUUGUGAUUUGUGAAUCUCCAUCAAGCAAGUGCUUAAGAAAAGAAGUUAAUGUACUCAUCUGCUUUAAAUAAAAUAUUUUCCUGUAAUGGUGUUGCAGCUUCUCCAUCUCAUUGUGUAACUAUUGUCAGUACGGCUGAUACAGUUGACAAAGGUUUUGCUUUUGCUGUAAAAAUCACACAGUGUCAUUUAUUUUGUACUUUUAAAUUAUUCCAACUCGGUGUUUUAUGUAAAAAGAACUGACUCUGUCUGUUUACAUCAACAAGAAAAAAAUCUUGAAAGGUGUUUCAAAACAGUUUAACACAUGUUAUUGUAAACAAAAACAUAUUUUACACUCCUUGCAAACUACCUUACUAUUAUUUUUGUUUUUAUUACAAUGGUUUGCAUUUGGUUACUUUUUCUUGUAACAGAACUAUAUAAAAUUGGAGGUGUGCUAAUAAAACAUGAAUUGAAAUAGUCAA